UGCUCGUGCUCGUGCUCACGCUUGCGCCGCGGCUCGUCGCGCUCGCUCGCAGCAGACAUGGAGGUCACGUGUGAGCGGACCUGAACAUGGUUCCUGCGGCCGCCUGCGGGACGAACCAGCGCGGACAUUCAGUGGAGGACCCACCGGAGGCAUGACGGAGGAGAAAUGUCCCCAGCUGGUGGACUACUUUGUAGUGGCAGGUCUGGACCCCGCGGGGCCCUGGAGGCCCCUGGACGACGACGGGAAGACCUCCUCCUCCGCCGGCGCCUCCUCCUCCUCCUGCCCCGCCUCCCCCCCGCCGCCGGCGGCCCGGGCGGUGGAGCCGGUGACCGACCUGGUGGUGAUCGCCCGGGGGCUGGGCGAGGAGGUGCCGGAGGGCUUCACCUGCAUCGAGAAGACGCUGGGCGGACACUCGGCCGAGCUGAGCGCCGGCCUCCUCAACAACCCGCACCUGUACCUGUGCUACCGCCGCGGCCGCGACAAGCCGCCCGUCCUGGACCUGGGGGUUCUGUAUGAGGGGAAGGACGCCCUGAAGCCGGGCUGGUACGUGAUCGAGACGACCCCGUACAGCCGCUCCGCCAGCCUGAGCUCCGGCACGGCGCCGCCGUCCCACCGCGUCUUCGUCACGUACCGCCGCGCUCCGGACGGCCAGGGCCUGCACUCGCUGGGCGUCACCGACAUCACGCUGCUGCUGCCCGGCAAGGGCGAGGUGGCGCCGCACACCUUCUGCAGGGUGGACAGGAACCUCAACACCAGCAUGUUUGGUCCGGCUCUCUUCCUCUGCUACAAGCGAGCUGUUGCUAAAGCUAACGCUCUCGUCUACGAGGCCAGUCUGAUCAGCCGGUACCCGGCUGAGGACCUGGAGUCCUUCCCGCUGCCCGAGUCGGUGCCCGUCUUCUGCCUGCCGAUGGGCGUCACCGUGGAGAGCUGGCCCCUGAACACCAAGUACCAGCUGCCCGUCUUCUCCACCUUCGUCCUCACCUCCGCCUCCGGGGACAAGGUCUACGGGGCGGCGAUCCAGUUCUACGAGUCGUUCCCCCGGGAGCUGCUGUCGGAGCGGCAGAGCGUGCGGCUGGGCCUGCUCAGCGUGGUGGACCGCCGGCCAAUCAGCAGCCGCAGCCUGCAGGUGAAGAAGAGCAUCUGCGUCCUGUCCCACUGGCCCUUCUUCACCGUCUUCCAGAAGUUCCUCACCUUCAUCUACAGAUACUCCAUCUCCGGGCCCCACGUGCUGCCGCUGGAGAAACACAUCUCCAGCUUCAUGCACAACGUCCCGUUCCCGUCGCCGCAGCGUCCUCGCAUCCUGGUGCAGCUCUCUCCAUACGACAACCUGCUGCUGUGCCAGCCGGUGUCCUCCCCCCUCCCCCUCAGUGGUGCGAGCUUCCUGAAGCUGCUGCAGAACCUGGGCCCGGAGAACGCCUGCACGCUGCUGCUGGCCGUCCUCACCGAACACAAGCUGCUCCUCCACUCGCUGAGGCCGGAUGUCCUGACGUCCGUCAGCGAGGCCCUCGUCUCCAUGAGCUUCCCGCUGCGCUGGCUCUGCCCGUACAUCCCGCUGUGCCCGCUGCAGAUGGCCGACGUGCUGCUGGCGCCCAUGCCCUUCAUCGUGGGCGUCCACUCCAGCUACUUCGACCUGUACGACCCCCCCACCGACGUGGUGUGUGUGGACCUGGACACCAACACCAUCUUCCAGUCGGAAGAUAAGAAGCCGUUGUCAUGGCGAUCGUUACCGAGGAAACACGGGAAGAUGCUGUUCAACACCCUCAGCAACCUGCACAAGACCCUGGAGAAGAUCUGCGCCCCCGGACAGGAGGAGGCCACGCUGGAGUUCCUGCUGACCGACUACGACCAGAUCUACCGGCGGCAGAAGCAGCUGGAGCUGGAGAUCCAGGAGGCCUUCCUGCGCUUCAUGAGCGGCCUGCUCCGAGGAUACAGGAGCUUCCUGCUGCCCAUCACGCAGGCGCCGUCCGACACGGCCACGGACUGCAGCUCGCUCUUCAACCUGCAGGGCUUCCUGAAGUCUCGUGAUCGCACGCAGCAGAAGUUCUUCGGUCAGCUGUCGAGAACGCAGAUGUUCACUCAGUUCAUCGAGGAAUGUUCCUUCGUCAGCGACCGACACGCCUGCCUGGAGUUCUUCGACGAGUGUGUUCAGAAGGUGGACGUGGAGAAGCCGGAGGAGGUGCGGCUCAUCGACCUGGACGAGACUCACAGCGGAGAACACACCGUCUUCAUCAUGCCUCCCGAAGAGCCUCAAGAACCGGACGGCUCCGAGUGCCCCGCCCCCUACAGCUACGAGACGUUCCCCUCGCUGAAGCCCGAGCUCUUCGACCGGCCCCAGGACCAGCUGAGGGUCCCGGCCAAAGGCAGCGCCCCCAGCAGCCCCGCCCCCCGCCGCACCAAGCAGGAGAUCAAACAGGCACAGAAGCGGGCUCAGAAGUACUACCUGGUGCCCGACAUGUGGUCCAAGUGUCUCCUGGGUCACUGCUACGGCCUCUGGUUCCUCUACCUGCCCACCUUCGUCCGGGCCGAGAGCGCCAAAGUGCGCGCGCUGCACACGGCGUACGACGUUCUCAAACACAUGGAGAACCGCAGGGUGGUUCUGCCGGACGAGGUGUGUUACCGGAUCCUCAUGCAGCUGUGUGGGCAGUACGGUCAGCCGGUCCUCGCUGUCAGAGUCAUGCUGGAGAUGAAGAAGGCUGGAAUCACCCCCAACACCAUCACCUACGGCUACUACAACAAGGCCGUCCUGGAGAGUAAGUGGCCGUCGACCAAUCAGGGCGGCCGGCUCCGCUGGGCCAAGCUGAGGAACGUCCUGCUGGCCGUGGCUCAGUUCAGACAGCCAAUCAGACGGAGGCAGAAGAGCGGCUCGCUGGGGUCACGAGGAGAAUUAGGGGUGGAGCCUGAUCAAAGGCCCCGCCCCCACUCCUCUCUGAUUCGUCAGUCCAGCUGGAGCGGGCUGAGCGAGAGCUCCAGUCACGAGUCCCUGACCAGUUCACUGAUCAAGAGCAGCAGUCUGAACAGCAUGAAGACGCCCGGCGACAAGGUCACCCUCCGUCAGAAGACCGCCCUCCGUAACGCCGGGACUAACGGCUGCAGGGACGCCGUCUCGCGUAAGCCCCCCCUCGGACGAAGAGACGCCUCGACGCCCCCUCCGGCGCCCCCCGGCGGAGUCCUGGUCCGCCGCAGUCAGAUCUGCCUCUCCAACUUCUACAAAGAGUGUUCGGAGACGGCCGAUCCGGAUCCGGACUGCAGCUGCCAGCCGGCGGAGAGAGACGGCAGGUCCGCAGGUCCGAGAGAGUCCGCCGGCAGGAACAAAGGCGUGGAUGAGAACUACAACAACGUGUCGUCGCCGAGCCGGGGCGGCCUGGCGGGGAAGCUGCAGCAGCUGCUCACGCCCACCAGACACCGGGUGUCGGUGCGGCGCGCCGCCAGCGUGGACGACCGGCGGCCCGGAGGAGGAGGAGGAGGAGGAGGAGGACGAAGGGUGUCGGAGCAGAGGCUGUCCAGGAAGGCUCAGGUGGCCGAAACUCUGCUGAAGGCCAAGGAGAGGCUGGUCAGCGCCACCUCGGAGAGCUCGCUGUCUGUUGGGAGUGACCUGGACCUGACGGAGACGUCCAGUCCUGCGUAUCCUCUGCGACGGUCGUGGGACGCCAACCAGGAAGCGGCGGGGAUGGAGGUCCUGAUGUCCAGCUGCUCGCUGUGUCGGAGCUGUAACUCGCUGGUGUACGACGAGGAGAUCAUGGCCGGCUGGACGUCCGACGACUCCAACCUCAACUCGUCCUGUCCGUUCUGCUCCGCCUCCUUCGUGCCCUUCCUCAACGCGGAGAUCUGCGACCUCGGACCAGUCAGCAGUGUGGAACGCAGUAACUGGAACCUGGAGGACGAGGUGGAGAACGCCGUCAGGCCGCCCAGUGGUCACGAGGCGUCACUGCGACCGCAGUGCAACGGCCUGAGCGAGGACUCCAGCUCCGAGACCAGCAGCUACUCCGAGACCAGCAGGACCACGGCGGGCUCCUCGCAGGCCGGCCCUCCUCAGGUGACCGUGGCCUACCUGAGUCCUCUGGUCCUCAGGAAGGAGCUGGAGAGUCUCCUGGAGAACGAGGGCGAGGCGGUCCUGGCUCAGGAUCAGUUCCUGGACAGUCACUCCAUCAUCUUCUGGAACCUGGUGUGGUUCUUCCAUCGACUCGGCCUCCCCAACAACCUGCUGCAGCUGGUCCGAUCCUCGCCGCUGGUCAGCCACUUCUCUCAGUCGGAGAACUCGGCAGUGAGGGUCCGACUCCUGUGGGACACGUUGACCCCCGACACAGACCAGUGGCCCCCCCUCUACAUACUGUGGAGGAUCCACAGCGGCGUUCCCAUGAGGACCCACAGCUGGAGGAGGCACAACCACCCGUUCACGCUGUCCUUCCUGGAGGAGGUGCUGCGCUGGGUCGGCAUGAACGAGGUGCAGAAAGCCGUCACGCUCUUCCUGGACACCGUGGCCAAGCAGCCGGGGACGCCGCGCGUCCAGAGGAGUCUGUACAGAGAGCUCCUCUUCCUCACUCUGGCCGCGAUGGGAAAAGAUCAUGUCGCGGCCUUUGACAAGCGCUACAAAGCAGCGUUCUCCCGCCUCUCGGGUUCUCUGAGUCAAGACGAGCUGCAGAAGAAGCGAGUUUUCCCUCCGAGUGCCAAAGCCGUGGACUGCAGGCGAAGUUUCCACCCCCCACUGGAGUGCUGAGAGAGGCCCCGCCCCCUUUCCUCUGCCACUGGAGUGCUGAGAGAGGCCCCGCCCCCUUUCCUCUACCACUGGAGUGCUGAGAGAGGCCCCGCCCCCUUUCCUCUACCACUGGAGUGCUGAGAGAGGCCCCGCCCCCUUUCCUCUACCACUGGAAUGCUGAGUAAGGCCACGCCCCCUCCCUCUGCUAUUGGAGUGCUGAGUGAGGCCACGCCCCCUCCCUCUGCCAUUGAAGUGUUGAUAGGCCCCGCCCCCUGCUCAUUGCUUCCUGCUCCUUCCUGAACAUCGAGGAGUUCUGCAGGUCGACUGAGUUUUAUGACUUUUUGCACAUUCAGAGAAGUUAACCUCCCCCCCCCCACACCUCUUCGUGCUCCUCCUCCUCCUCCUCUUCCUCCAGGAGAAGUUCCUGAGUUCCUGAAGUCUUAAACGUCCCGAGCUUUCACAUAUCAGGAAGAAAAUCUGAGUCCCGCUGAGAAUGCUGGAUGUUCGUUCUGAGGAAACUCCCUGAAGACUUGUGGGAAAACGCCGGCGUCGCUCUGUAUUCUGUGUUAUCAGCUUGUCAAACAGCAGAAAUGUAGCAUUCUGGGAAAAACCCCACAGAAAACAAGAGUUUGAAAAACGAAAAGGGAAACUUCACAACAUAGGAAUCUUUAUUUCUGGCCUCUGAGUGAUAUUCUGGGGUGUUAAACUGGAAUCGUUUGUGGAGGCUGACGGAACAUGACGGAACAUGCUGCACUAGAACGUUCCUUCACUCUGAAUCUGGAUCAACUUCCUGUCUGAGAUGAGGGAUUUGGGGCUUGGGGGGGUCAGGGUUCAUUUUUAAUCAGCUGUUUAUUGUGAAAGCUGAGCGAGAUCUUCGGAUCUUUAACAUGUAAAAGAUGUUGGAUAAUAAACGGAGUUAUUUAUGUCUCUACGGUCACUGCGAAGCUCCUCGGACGGAACCGGAACUUCAGCUGCAGGAUUCACUUUCAGGAAAACAGGUUCGAAGCGGCAGAGUUUCAUUUUAUUUUAACGUCACUUCCUGUAAUCCACCGUGGCAGUCCUCCAGUGGGCGGGGCAAACGGCGACCAGCAGACAAUCAGGCGAAAUUCAGAUUAAUCAGAAACAGAAAAAAAAAGCUUCGAUUCAACACUUUGGUGAAAGACUUGAUUCAUUUUGAUUAGAAAAGAAAUGUUCUUGAGGUCGACUCAGCUGUCUUCUGGUUGGCUGAUAAGGUCGCUUGUCCCACCCACCGUCCUGGAGAAAAAGUGUACGAUGAAACUAAAAAGUGGAUCAGAACGACUUCAGCAUAAGAGUUCUGGGAAGUGAAUCUGUGAUUCGUCUUUUUCCUGACUUCCUAUUUGUUAGUUUUAAUUUAUAAUCAGAAGAGUUUUAUUGUCACAACUGCGAUAACCCGGCGAAGUUUGAAGAGUUUUCCGUUAAAGCGUUUCAUUCCCUGACAGUUAGCUGUGCUUCGGUACAUUUAUUUAGUUGCAUUUCAUUUCUCACUCUGCUCUUUCGUUUUCAUUUUGUUCCGAUACUUUUCUAAUUGAUUUUCUCCCAAUCGAAUGUCUCUUCUUCAGAACAAAAGGACAUGCGAUGGAUGUGAAGUUCUGGUUCCUGACACAGGGCCAGAAAGCACAGAAGCUUCCCAGUGCUUUUAUUUUGAAGGGUGGGCGUGUCCUCCAGUGUUUUCCUUUGGUGAAUCAGAGAUCGGAGAGGAGGCUUUUAGAAAAGGAGGAAAGUCUGUCAACCAGUGAAGGAAAAACCAGAUCUUUGCUCCGAACGUCUUUUUCAGGACCAGAAAGUUCUGGGUUUUUUGUUUUUAAAAGGGAUCAAAGUUGAGAUUGAGAUUACGCUUUUGAAACUUUACAUGCUUUUAUUUCACGAUUGGGAUAUUUACCGGAACAGAAAUUAUAGAGUGAAGGCAAAUUAUUUCCCUAUAAAUAAAUAUUUAUCAUCCUCAAAGAAAGUAAAAUCACAUUGUGUUAUGAUGUUAUGUUACGUUUUGUUAUAUCGUUUUUCCUUACGCCGGAUCAGUGUGUCAGAAAACAAACCACUGCCAUCCAGGAAGCUCUCCGCUGUUCAGCUUUGGUGAAUCUGUUUUUGACUUUUAUCGACUGAAGCAGACGAGCAGAUGCUUGUUAUUCGGUCUGUCUGAAUUGUUGAAGUGGAGGGGGGCGUGUCCUACAGGUGAUUGAUACGUUCAGGAAUCAGUCCUGCUGAUUGUGAAACACACUCAUCAGAUUGAGCCAAUGUGUGUGAUGCAUCCCAGCAAAGGGGGCGGGGCUUAGGAAUCAAAAUAAGGGAAUAUGAGGAAUAUUGUGUAAAGCAUUUCAAAGAACCUAAUGAAAGCUGCGUUCGGGAAGUUGUUCCCAUCAUGCCUCUGUGUAAUUAGCAUGCUAACAGCUAGCCUCAGCUAGGCGUGAGGCCGAUCACUGCACUGAUGAACAACAUGAAGGGAAUCGAGUUUGUGGUUCUGGUCCUGAUGGAGACGCUCAGCAUGAAGGGUUCACAUCAGCUCGCCCCUGCAGCUCAGAAACUCUCCCUUCCGUCAACUUUAUCCGUACCUUCCUGAGGACAGACGUGGCCGCCUGCUGCUGCGGUCUGUUUUGUGACUGUGAAUCUGUUGGAGGUUGUGGUGACUGAAGGAUCUGAGCUGCGGCGUCUCCGUGAAGCACCGGAGACGUCCCAGCCACUCCAUUUGGAAGGAAUUCACACACUUUCUCUGGUUGCUUUGUGGAGACGAGUAUAUUUAAAGCAGAAUAUUGUGUUUGCUGUUGUAAUUUAUAUUUGGCUGUGUUUUCAGUUGGAAAUGUUUGAAAUUUUUUUUAAUAAAAACACAAAAAUUAAAGACA